GGUGAUGAGCACUGAACAAACCAAGUCAAUAGAAGUUCUCCUGUUGUAAAACGACGUCACAUAACAUCAGACCUUCAGAUGGCAUGGGGAAACAUUUACAGAAGACGCAUGAAAGUACUCAAGAUGGCCUUGAAGAUUUUCCUGGACUACAAGAUAAAGUUCGGUGUUCAGGUGAAAGAGAAAUGGACCAAAAAGUCUGAAAGAGCUGAAUUAUGGGAGAAGGCUCAUAAGCGAAAUGCUCGGAGGGUUGUGAAUAUGAUGGUAGAGUUGAGCGGCCUAUGGGUGAAAAUUGGACAGUACUUAUCAGCACGUGCUGAUGUGCUUCCAGCGGAGUACAUUUCUCAGCUCAAAAAGCUUCAGGACUCGCUUCCUCCUCGCCCUUUACUUGAGGUUCGUCAGACCAUAGAAAAAGAGUUGAGUAAAUCCAUCGACGAUGUCUUCAUGGAUUUUGUCAGAACUCCUUUGGCAACAGCAUCAAUUGCACAAGUCCACCGUGCCAAGCUGAUUGAUGGGCGGGAUGUGGUUGUCAAAGUUCAACAUCCGGGCAUCAAGACAAUUAUCUUGGAGGACCUGAAGGAUGUAAAAUACAUUGUCGACUGGAUAGCUUGGGCAGACCCUGUAUAUAACUUCAAUCCUGUUUUAGACGAGUGGUGCAGAGAAGCUCCAAAAGAACUUGACUUCAAACUUGAAGAGGGUAUGCUUAUUUUUUCCUUGAAUGGGCUUUUUCUUAUUGAUGCUUGUUUUGUGUUUGUAGAAAAUACUAGAACUGUGUAUGCCAAUCUUUGCUGCAAAAACAGAUGCGAAGAUAACAAGUCUGCCAAUACAGUGGAUGUUCUUGUUCCCGAAGUUAUUCAGGCAACUGAAUCUGUCCUCAUGCUGGAGUAUAUGGAUGGGAUACGUUUAAAUGACUCUGAAUCUCUGGAAGCUUCUGGUGUUGACAAGCGGAAAAUUGUGGAAGAAAUUACACGUGCAUAUGCCCACCAAAUUGUUGAUGGAUUUUUCAGUGGUGAUCCUCAUCCUGGUAUUUGUUCUCACGUGAUUUCUUUUCUUUAUCCUUUAUGUCUUAAACAAGAAAUUAAACGCUUUGAUCCUUUUGAUGCCUUCCCUGGUGAUUUUGUGAUGUUUUCAAAAGUCCUUACUCUUCUUAGAGGUCUUUCAUCUAUGAUGAAUGUUCGCAUUGUAUAUCUGGAUAUUAUGAGACCAUUUGCUGAAUCUGUUUUAGAAGGAAACAUGAACAAGGGACCAGCAACAAAUCCCCAGUGGAUUUAUGAUUCUCCAGCCCAUUCUGAAGUGGAGGCCAAGUUGAGGGAAUUCUUAGUUCAGUUGGGGAAUGAGGACAAAAUACUUGGAAUUCAGGUCUGCAUCAAUUUUAAUUUUUGCAUGACAGCUUAAUAACCUGAAUGGUAUCUUUCAAUUAUUUCAUUUUCAAAGCUUGUAAUAUUAUUUUUGUUUACUUUCUAUAUCUUUCCCUUCUACUUUAGGGCUGUUAGUUUUCCAUGCUUGGGGUGUUGUAUUAUU